GCUCCUGUCACACUUUAUGUGGCAAUCCACGACACGUAAUGUUGCUGACUUUAAUCGACAUUCUUAUGAGCAAGUGAAGCAAGUGGCACUCGGGCUCAGGCUAUGGACGCCACUAAUUCAGGGAUCGUAGAGGAAAGGUGAAGAAGCCUUAUCCGUUUGUGAGUCGAAGAUGGCAUGCCCAAGAUUGUGACUCUUGUAUCCCAAAGAGGAGAUAAUUUGAGGAGGGGGAAGUGGAUCAAGCGACUUGCAAUCUCAAUCGGGGUUUCGUGUGGAAAGUCAAGGUGUUCUCUUGGAAGGAAGUUUUCUUGGCAGGAAUUUUGGUCUUGCAAGAUUUUGUGAGAAUUUCGCUCAAGGAGGAUGCUUCAAUCCUCGUGACAAACCUUCUUUUCGAGCCUUUGCGUGGCACAAGUAAGCUUGUUGAGUUUGUGCGUCGAGUUUUGUUUCUAGGCCACGCUUCUCAAGACUGUCUGAUGCUGGGGACAGUGGUGGAUGCCUUUGCCAAAGAGACCACGAAGAAGACGAAGCUGGAAUUGAGUAUCGGAAGAGAAUAGCAGUGAUCGUCCGAAUGAAUUCAAGGAACUUGAGGAUACCUCACGUCAAGUGUAGGAUCCAUGAAGUUGUCUGAUGCUAUAAAUGUUGCACUGUUAGAUUAUUCUGAAGCGCAGUUUGGCAUCUUCUACGGUACUUGACAACAACGUCACCUCAGAGUUGCACAGUCGGGACAGCGCAUCGCUAUCUCCCAUCUGAAGUUAUGGCCAAAGCUUGCUCAAAUUUUCCCACUGUCUAUGAGAAGUACACAUCAGCCGAUUGCUCGCAGUAUAGCUCUACAUUUUUCACCAUUUUGGGAUCUACCGUACUUUCUAUGCUGAUUCUUACCGGUCUGGUCCGACUCAUCUCCUGCAUGAGACGCAGACAGUUUCCUAGAUACGUAAUUCGAUCUUCUGAGAGUUUAAGUUUACCCUCGGACGGUAUAACCAUAGAUGAUGAUAUCCAGCUACACACUGCUGGUGCAGGAUCUGGUAUGGUGAAGGGGAAAAGCUCUGAGGAUGUGAAGUGCGUUAUCAUGGCUGGUGAAGAAAAGCCCAUGUUUCUUGCACAUCCGAAUCCUAUUACCAGUUACAAUUGUUGAACUUCAAGCAAAAGUGAAAACAAUAAAACAGCUUUAAGAGUCGGAUAUGGUGAGCUGAUUCACCAAAGGUC